AUGUCUUCAGCUGCAGACGCUACGGAGCUACCUCACUCGAUCCUCAUCGUCGGCGGCGGCGUCUUCGGCCUGUCCACGGCCCUGGCGCUCUCCCGCCGACACAAAGGCUCCAUAGCACUCCUGGAAGCUGCUCCGGCCAUCCCAAACCCCUACGGCUCGUCCGUAGACUCCUCACGCAUCCUGCGUGCCGACUACGCCAACCCGGCGUACUCUCGCCUUGCCGAGUCGGCUCUCGCCCAAUGGCGUACGACCCCCUGGGGCCAUGAAGGGAGACACCACAGGAACGGGUUGGUGCUGGUAUCUUCCAUCAACGGAAGUGAUACAUACAUGAGGAAGAGCUACGAGAACGUCAGGCGCCUGAAUCCUAAUGUAGUGGAACGGCUACCUACCCCAGCAGACGUCCGGCGCGUAGUUCCCGGCUACGGGGUCGGAUCCCACGUUAACGGAGGGUACGUAAACUGGGACUCUGCCUGGGGCGACGCCGAGGCCGGAGUAAGAUAUGCAAAACAGAAACUCGACCAGACGGGCCGUGUACGCUUCCUCUUCGGCCAAGCUGAACGUCUCCUUAUCGACGAAGAAGCCGGACAGAGCAAGGUCACCGGCGUCAGACUAUCUGAUGGCCAGAGUAUAUUUGCCGACCUAGUCGUUUUGGCUACCGGUGCAUGGACAGGGAAGCUAGUCGAUCUGCGCGGCCGGGCUGAAGCCACGGGCCAUUCGCUCACGUAUAUCCGCCUGACGGACGACGAACAGAGCAGGCUGAACGAUAUGCCGACGGUCUUGAACCUGUCGACGGGGAUGUUCAUCAUUCCGCCGCGCAACAACGAGCUGAAGAUAGGGAGGCAUGCGUACGGGUAUAGGAAUCCAACGCUGAUCAACCAUCCCACGGCACCGGGUAAGAUAGAAGUAAGCCUGCCGCUGCACGGUGCCUGCGUGCCUCUCGAAGGCGAGAUGGCCGCCCGCACCGCGCUCAGAGAGAUGCUUCCUACCCUGGGGGAGAGGCCGUUUACAAAGACACGGAUAUGCUGGUAUACGGAUACGCCGACGGGGGACUUUAUCAUUUCCUUCCAUCCGGAGAUCAAGUCUCUCUUUAUCGCCACGGGGGGCAGCGGACAUGGGUAUAAGUUCCUGCCUGUGCUGGGAGAUAAGAUCGUGGACGCCAUGCAGGGGACUCUGGAUGCCGACCUUGCUGCGCUGUGGACCUGGCCCGAGAAACCAGUCACCAACCCUGACGGCAGCACCGCUACUGUCUGGACAGAGGACGGGAGCCGGUCUGGGGUGAAGGGUAUGGUGUUGGCAGACGAGCUGGAGAAGAGCAACGAUCUCAAGCUGAGCAGCAGAUUGUAA